CUACCUUGACAAUUAACGAAUUGUAAACUAAUCAUUCGUUAAUCUUUUAACCCUUUCUCUCCUAUUAACUAAUUGUCAUCUAAUUGUUAAGUGAAUUAGUGUGAACAAUAAUGUGAAGAAAAGUAAAAAGGAGGGAAAAUCAAUUCAAUAAUAAUUAUCUUUUUCUUUCUCAACUGUUACCAUCAGAUGGCAGAAAACAAGAAACAAAGUGAAAAAAAUUUUCUCUCCAACCAGUUGAUUCAUUUUGUUGAUUGUCUUUUUCUUGUUUCUCUAUUUUUGUGUAAUAAUUAAUUUUGUUUAUCAUCUUUAAUUAAUUAACCAUCAUUCACUCUCAAAGAACCAGCUAUUUAUCUCAGUUAAAAUCUAUCCAAUGACCAUUAUAGGAAUUGUUGACUUGUAAUAUUUUUGCUGUUCUCAAGGUUUAUUAACCCUCUCUGUGUAUUUUUAGGGUUUUCAUUUUGUGUUUGUGUUGAUAGUUUUUCAUUUCUGUUUAAUGGUUUGAUUUGUGUUACCUUUUAUUUUUUGUUUCUAUUAUUCUGACAGAAAUGAAUAUUACCAAUGGUGUCUCUUCAAAUAGUCCAGCACCACCCAGUAAACCACCAAGAACAUUUGCUCAUGAUUUAUAUCUUAAUGCAAAGAAAAGCCUUCGAAUCACUGGAACAGUUUCACCGGUAACUUCUCGUCGAGCUCGUUCACCAUUACCAAGAGUUAACCAGAAUAACAAUUUCUCUUCAAAUAAGGAUAAUAAGAAUUUUAUCAAAAAUUCUAAUCCAUAUCAUUAUUCUAAUCAUGUUUAUAGUUCAGUUGAUGAUGAUAGUAAAACACCUUCAAGAAGUUCAACUUUAAGACGACGAUCGAAAAGCUUUGAACAUAUUUAUGCCGAACCUGAAUUACCCGUUAAAGAUGAUAUUCAAAUGAGUGAAAAGUAUAAAAAGCUUCGUGGUAGAGUUACCCCUGCGGAAGUUGAUCCCUACAUGGUUACAGAUUUGUUUAAGGUAAAGGAAACACCAAGUAAACCAAGCCGUAUAAAGGAUAUAAUUAAACAAUCGUUUUCCGCUUUACGCCGAUUUACCCGUAUAACUGCACUGGAUAGGCCAGAAUUUGAUGAUGAUACCGCCAGUGAGGUCAGCCCAUCGGAGAUUGCUGAACGUAUAAUCUACGUGAAAACAUUGAAACGAAAUCAUACCCUUGAUACCUCCGAUUAUUACAGUUCUGUUGCUGAUACUAAAACGGAGGUCAGUUUAUGCCGUUGCUGUCUAAUCAUUAAGGAUAACGGAUUAACCUCAAUAAUACCAAGAAAUGUUAAACUCAAUAAUACUAAAUUGAUUGAAGAGUUAACCCAAUUUCCUGGACUAGAUUUUGAUUAUUAUUGGUUUACCAUAUGGACGAAAGAUGAUAAAUUUCUUUACGCUUAUUGUGAACGUCAAAAUCGUUAUAAACGCCGCGUUUGCAUUGUAUCGGAUGUCUAUUUUCCCGAACUGUAUAUAAGAAUUUUCAAAACUCUUGGUGGUAAAGAAGAGAUUGAUGCACCCGUUAUAUCUUUUCUUAAAAAAAAAUGCUGUGCACUUCCAGGCGAUGAUUUAACUUACCUUUUCCUACUCAACAUUCAAGUUCCUUAUGAUUGUCAAAUCAGUUUAACCAAACAAUCUGAUCUUCUCUAUCUGAUUAAUCCUAAUCUGUUACUCAUCUGUAUUGCCACUUUAAUCCAUGAACGUCGGGUGGUCCUUGUCUCUCGACAAGAACAGCGACUUAUCGCCUCGUGUCGUCAACUUGUUUCCCUACUUUAUCCACUUUCAUGGGAUUACAUGUUCUGGCCUUUGGUUCCCUCAAAUCAUAUGUCACUUUGUUCAGCCAUUAACAUGCCUUUUCUAAUUGGAAUUCAAUCUAGAGAUGUUUGGAAAUUCAUCAACAAUAUUAAAAAACGAGAUGAUAAACUGUUAAUCAUUGAUUUAGAUCGUAAUAUCGUCUUAAUGGAGAUUGGAGAUGAAUCGAAAAUAAUUCCAAGUAAAAUAUCUAAAGCAGUUCGACUUGCUCUUGAUCUUUGCCUUUCCAUGAACGAUCCUCAAGAUAAAUAUCGUGACGGUGUUACUCGUGAAGCUUUUAUCGAAAUGUUCAUUGAACUUAUUGGAACCGCUCGACUUUUUAUCACCGAAGAUGAUUUCCAACGGGAAGCUUAUAUUGCCUCAAUUAAAAGUCGAAGCCAUCAAUCAUUCCUUCAAUGGUUCACUGAGACCCGAUUGUUUAACAAUUACAUUAAAUUCAAUCAACUUCGUUUAAUACAAUCUCGAAUCCAUCCAAAGUAUAAUCAUUUCCUACAAAUGGGACUUUUUGAGAUGAAAUCUCUUCAAAUAAUCAACGAAACUCAAAGUAAACCAAUAAGUAAAUCAUUAUUUGGUAAAUUCAAGAUUUAAAUCAUAAUCAUCAUCAACAUAAACAAAUCAACAAUCGUGAUACAAAGUUUAAUGAGCAAGAUCUGAGAUAUAAUCAAAAAAAGCAAUUAAGAUUUAACUCCAAAUCAACAAUCUCUCCGUCUAUGUAAAUGUUUCGUUACUCAUUUCAAUUGCCAUUAGUUUAUAAUUAUCAUUAUAUUUAUAAUUCACUUUUUACCUUUGAACAUGUUUGUUGAUUUAACAAACAAUCAACAAAAUUUUUACCAAUUUUUUUAUAUCAAAAUCAAAACAAAUGACUAAUUAAUAAAUCAACAAUCAAUGAAA